AUGGUCAACAUCGAUUUUUUCGCGGCUCAGCGGUGGAUCAACACCGAGUCAAAGGGCAUCAAGUACGACCUGUCGACGUCUUGCGCCGCGCCCAUCUCAAUCACUGAACUCUCAUCGCUCUCCGAGAAUAAGUCAGAGGGAAAUGGCCCUCUCUCCUCAUCGCUGCUCUCCACGCCUUUGGGAUAUGGCGCGCACUUUGAGGGCUCAGAGCAGCUUCGAAACACUCUUGCAGGCCUCUACUCCGUGAAAAGCACCACCCCACUAUCCAUUGAUAAUGUAUUGAUCACACCUGGUUCGUCUUUAGCAAAUCUCUUGGUAUUCCAGGCACUAUGCAGCCCUGGUGACCAUGUCAUUGUUCAGUACCCUACAUAUCAGCAAUUGUACUCUUUGCCAAAGUCAAUUGGAAUUGAUGUCAGUCUUUGGGAAAGCAAAGAGCAUGACAAAUGGCAAUUGGACCUAGAAGAGCUGAAAGGCCUCAUCCAACCAAAUACCAAGAUGAUUGUGAUAACGCAACUAGAAGCUAUCAUGGAGAUUGCCAAGCAGCACUCUCUCAUCGUGCUUUCGGAUGAGAUAUAUCGGCCUCUUUUUCAUUCCAUCUCGCCUAUGGACGACGAGUUUCCUCCGUCUGUCCUCUCACUUGGGUAUGAUAAUGUGUUAGUAUCCGGCUCCCUGUCUAAAUGCUAUUCGCUCCCUGGAAUCCGCGUCGGCUGGCUCGCGUCACGGAACAAAAACUACGUAGCAAGUUGUCUUAAUUACCGCUCAUAUUCCACAAUCGCCAUGAGCAGCUUGGAUGAAGCUGUUGCAACUUUCGCGCUAGACGGCAGUUGCCUGCACGGUCUACUCCGACGGAACAUAGACCUGGCCAAGCGCAACCUUGCGACUCUAGAAUCAUUCAUUGAGCGACACCGUUGGGGUUGCGACUGGGUGCGACCAGUCGCAGGAACAAUUGCGUUUGUCAAGUUUCACAAAAUGGGCAAGCCGGUAGACGAUGUGGAAUUCUGUAAGCAGCUGCGGGAGAAGAAAGCAGUCUUGCUGCUUCCAGGGAGUUAUGCAUUCGGGGAUGGCGAGAAUUUCAAGGGGUAUGUCCGGAUGGGGUAUGGAAUGAGCGUAGAGAAUAUGGAGACUGGCCUCAAAGCACUCGGGGAGUUUAUGGAGGAUGGCUUUGAGGAUGUACCGCUAGCAGGCAAGAAGCUGCCAAUACGAUGA